CUGAGAGAAGCACCAGGCAAGGAUGCAAUUGUUCCCGUUCACAUUCCACUAUGUAUGACAAGUGAACACCUCUUUCUUGUAAUUCCCACAUGUGGUCGGAUAAUCCCAAUAAUUAUUUCGGGAUCAAUAUUGCCAUAAACAAGACAGUUCAAAGUAGUCGCUGAUUAACUGCGAUGGAAAGUGAUACGAUCUUAUUAUCCACACACAUCUCAGUCUUUAUACAAUACGCACGUUUUUCUCCUCUCGUUUACUAUACUGUUUACAAAGUACCAUGUUUACAUAUUCUGUCGUGCUGCUGCAAGUAAGAAUUUCAUUGUUCUAUCUGGGACACAUGACAAUAAAACACUCUUGACAUGGAAACGAUACCGGCCUUUGCAACCCCCAACAUCGCAGCGAAUACAUAGUCAUUGCAUUGCAAUAAAUCAUACCCAAUGCAUUACCAUUACAUUACAACAUACUGGGUCCAAUACAUCGCCAUUACACUACAAUACAUUGCAGCCAAUACUUCGGGCGCUGGGGUUGGUGCAAUGAAACACGCAAUCUCGGGCAUGAAGUUGUACGCAGAAUAGAUGUUGUAAAAGAACCAGCAGCACAGAUCAACGAAGCCGGAAAGACCCCGGCGAGAAUGUGUGCAGUAUCCAUGGCUCCCGAGGGUCACAUGCUGGGAGGGAGCUGCUUGCGGAAGUGUGCUUGGGGUUUGGAGAGCGGCGGAGUUAGUUAGUUAGUGCUCGGUCGGAGCCGGUCCAGGCAGCCGCUGAUUCUGCCAACACCACAGUCAGGCAGAGACAGCGUUAUCUAUUUGUGAGAGGGGGCAAAGCGAUCCCCCCAGAUUCGGAGUCACCGCCUCGUUGUUACCCAGCGACAUCCUAUUCAAGCGGGCGGUUGGUUUGGGAAGCUGCGGGCAUUUGAGGUGAACUUAGAGGCUGACGGGACCUGGGACCUGGAGUGGGGAGUUCAGCUCAGGAGCGCAGAGAGAGGGUGUGGGUGUGUGUGUGUGUGGUGGUCGGUGGCUGCAAAGCUCCCCCCCCCGCACCGACCCUUCACGGCUGUGGCUGUGGCUAUAGCGGGGCAGAGAUGGAUUUACAAGUCGUGCUGGUCUGCCUUCACUGUCUGGCCAUCAGACUGGGACUUGCAGUGGAACUUCAACCCGAUAUGCCCCAUGUGUGUGCAGAGCAGGCACUGGCCAUGGUGGGACACAGACAGCCCUGUGUGCAGGCCUUUACACGAAUGGUUAAAGUGUGGAAACAGGGAUGCACUGCACAUCGGUGGUGUGUUGGAUACGAGAGAAGGACUGGUUACUACACUGCCUAUAGACAGGUGUACAGUAUAGAGCUGCAGACCACCUAUAAGUGCUGCCUCGGAUGGAACCAGCAAAAUGAAGAGCCAGGCUGCUUGCACCCGAUGUGCACGAUCGGCGCUUGUUUCAAUGGAGGCAAAUGUACUGAAGGUAUCUCCCAAGUGUGUCAUUGUUCCGAAGGAUUCCAGGGUCCGCGGUGUCAGUACGAUGUGAACGAAUGUGCCAAGGAUAAUGGAGGUUGUCAGGACCAGUGCUGUAACACCAUUGGUAGUUAUUACUGCAAAUGUCCAACGGGACAGAAACUUGCAGCAAAUGGGAAGUAUUGUGAAGAUGUUGAUGAAUGUUCUAUGGUUAAUGGAGGAUGCCAACUGCGUUGUAUCAACACCAAAGGAUCCUUUUAUUGUGAAUGCGAGCCUGGCUAUAAGAUCCAUGCGGACGGUCGCACGUGUAUCACUAUCAACUCGUGUUCCAUGAACAAUGGCGGUUGUGAACAUGAGUGUGUGCAGAUCAGCGAGAACCACUACCAGUGCAAGUGUCGUUGGAACUAUCAGCUGACAGGAGACGGGAAACACUGUGAACUGAAGGACCCAUGUCAGGAGAGAAACGGAGGCUGUGGCCACAUAUGUCACAACGAUGCUGGAAUGGCGCAGUGUGAAUGCAAUCCUGGAUAUCGGCUAUCGGUGAAUGGGAAGAGCUGCGAUGACAUUAAUGAGUGCACCACUGGAAUUGCAAUGUGUGCUCAUCAGUGCAUCAAUAUCCUGGGAUCAUUUAGCUGUAUCUGUAAGCCUGGAUUUGAACUGGGUGCCGAUGGGAAGCAGUGUUACCGUAUUGAAAUGGAGAUUGUGAAUAGCUGUGAGAGGAACAAUGGUGGUUGCUCACACCAUUGUGAACACAAAACCGCUGGGCCUUCUUGCUUUUGUAAUCAAGGAUACAUCCUGGACUCUGAUGGACACACAUGUCUUGAUUCCAAUGAGUGUGAGACCAACACUGCUUGCUGCGUGCAAGAUUGCAGUAACAAUCCUGGAGGCUACGAGUGCAGCUGCCAUGUGGGGUACCGGCUGAACAUGGAUGGAUGCAGCUGUGAUGAUGUCGAUGAAUGCUCUGCAGACAAUGGCGGCUGUGAGCAUCUAUGUAUAAACAUCCUUGGAUCCUUUCAGUGUGCGUGCCAGGAGCAAUACAGGCUGGAUACAGACAGGAAAAGCUGUACUUCUCUCGAUGACGAUGAUGAAUUUGAAGGGGAUUUGGAUGGAGAGGAGGGUGACAUAGAACUGGUCAGGUUCCGCAACAUGCUGUUGAGGGUUCCUCCACAACUUCUGCACUACAAGCCCUCACUGACACCCUUGUAUCAGGAGGAUGUGAGGAGUGAACUCAGGCUUGUGCAUAAAAUCGUUUGCUUGGAUAACACCUUUGGCCAUGACUGUAGCCUCAGCUGUGCGGACUGUGGGAACGGAGGCCUCUGCAAUGCAGAAGGAGACGGCUGCAUCUGCCCUGCAGGAUGGGCUGGUCUCAUCUGCAAUGAAACCUGUCCCCAAGGCACCUUUGGGAAGGAGUGCAACGAAAUCUGCAAGUGUCAGAAUGGAGGAUCGUGUGAUGGAGUCACAGGGACAUGCCGUUGCCCCCCUGGAAUUGGUGGAGAGUUUUGUGAAGAUGGUUGUCCAAAAGGAUUCUAUGGAAAAAGCUGCACCAGACGAUGUAGUUGUGCUGGCAAUGGCUACUGUCACCGUCUCUAUGGGGCCUGUUUGUGUGACCCUGGUCUGUACGGUCGCUUCUGCCAUUUGCCAUGUCCCAAGUGGGCCUUUGGACCUGGUUGCUCCAUAGAAUGUCAGUGUGCACAGGAGCAUGCUACCGGCUGUGACCCCCAAAAUGGCACUUGUAUUUGCAGACCAGGCUUCCAUGGCCUUGGAUGUGAAGAAGAUUGCAGGCCUGGUUUCUAUGGUACUGGCUGUAAAUUCCAAUGUGACUGUGCAGCUGGCGGGCUAUGUGACCAAGAGGGGGGCGAGUGCAGAUACCAAUGCCCACCAGGGUUCCACGGAGAGGGGUGUCUUUUGAGUUGCGAUUCUGGAAAAUUUGGGAUUAACUGCGGGCAGAGUUGUAACUGUGGAGGGGCCUCUUGCAACUCAAGAACUGGGCAGUGCAUCUGCCCUGCUGGUAAAACGGGACCAAGGUGUGAAAUAGAUUGCCCAGCCGGUCACUGGGGCAUCAACUGCCAGUUCUCUUGUGAAGUCUGUGAAAAUGGAGGUACUUGUAACAAGGAGUUGGGGACAUGUGACUGUCCUGCAGGAUUCACUGGAGCAUUGUGCCAGCUUGCUUGUUCUCCGGGUUACUAUGGGCUGGCUUGUCAGCACCCCUGCCGCUGUGAAAAUGGCGUCCUGUGUCACAGUGUGACUGGAGACUGCAUCUGUGGCCCUGGGUGGAUGGGGCCUGACUGCAAAAUAGUGUGUGCCGUUGGCCGAUGGGGCGAAGGCUGCAGGGAUUUGUGUGACUGUAACAACACUGACGGGAGCUGCGAUCCUGUGACGGGCUGCUGUCUGUGUGAGGCUGGGUAUGCGGGGGACCGCUGUGAAUACAAGUGCCCUGCUGGAAGCUACGGUCCGGGAUGUGGCUCCAUCUGCCGGUGCCAAAAUGGAGCAGCUUGCGAUCACGUCAGUGGGGCGUGCAUCUGUGCGGCUGGAUGGAUGGGAACAUUCUGUGAAAGGCCCUGCCCUGAUGGCUUUCAUGGCGUUGACUGUCAGCAGGUGUGCAAGUGCAGGAAUGGCGCCGGAUGUGAUCCUGCGAUGGGAACGUGCCACUGUCUUCCUGGAUGGCUGGGACCUCAGUGCAACCAACCCUGUGCUGACCUGCGAUAUGGCGAGGGUUGCAGCCAACGUUGCGACUGCUACAAUAAUGCGACGUGUGAUCGUGUGACCGGCCAGUGCCUCUGCAUUCCUGGAUGGACAGGAGCCAGGUGCCAACAACGAUGCCCAUUGGGGUUCUAUGGAUUGAACUGCCUGCAGCCCUGUAUCUGCAGGGAUUCAGCUGAGUGUGACCCCGUGAGUGGAUCGUGCGGCUGCCCCAAGGGGUGGACUGGUAUCGCCUGUGAGCUGGAGUGUGAAGACGGACGGUUUGGGGAAGGCUGUCAGCACCACUGCAGCUGCAGUAACGGGGGAACCUGCGACCGACUCAUUGGACGGUGCACUUGCAGACCCGGCUGGGUCGGGGAAAAGUGUCAAACUCCUUGCCCAGCAGGAUAUCAUGGGGAGCACUGCGAGGAAAGAUGCCAGUGCAAAAAUGCUUACUCCUGUCACCACGAGACAGGGGUUUGCCAGUGUACCCGAGGCUGGCGGGGCAAGAGAUGCGACAAACCAUGCUUGCCCGGUUACUAUGGAGAGGACUGUGGCCAGAGAUGUGAGUGCCUGCCUGGCAUUGCCUGCAACCAUGUCACCGGAGAGUGUGGCUGUUCUGCCGGGUUCACUGGCAAUGGUUGUGAAAAGAGUUGUCCUCCAGGCACCUAUGGACAGAAUUGCAACCAGGUGUGCCAGUGCUCAGGAGUGAAUGAAGAGUGCCACCCUGUUACUGGACACUGCACCUGCCUUCCUGGCUACCAUGGGACCAAGUGUGAUCUCCAAUGCCCAGAGGGGACCUAUGGCCCAUACUGCCGAGAGAGAUGUAAGUGUCAAAACGAGGGUCGGUGUGACACUGUGACUGGAACCUGCCACUGUCCUCCUGGAUUUAUUGGAGCCGAUUGCAUGGUUGCUUGUCCAGAAGGUUAUUACGGGAAAGAUUGUAUGAAGCUGUGCGACUGUGGUAAAGAUGGUCAGUGUGACCCUGUGUCAGGAAAAUGUCUGUGUCGGUCGGGAACAGUGGACCCCACGUGCCACACAGGUUGUCUAAAGGGAAGAUUUGGACAAAGCUGUCUGCAGGUUUGCGCUUGUCAGAACAAUGGCAUCUGUAACGCAGAAGAUGGGGCAUGCUCCUGUGGACUCGGGUGGACUGGUGCUCAUUGUGAGAAAGAAUGUCUUGUCGGAAAGUUUGGAGCGAAUUGCCAGCAGGAGUGUUCGUGCUUGAACAGUGGAACCUGUGAUCGGUUUACGGGGACCUGUCAGUGCUUGGAGGGUUUCUACGGUCCUCUGUGUGAAUACAGUUGUCCUCUGGGUUUUUACGGCUUACUCUGUGCACACUCCUGUGAUUGCAGGAAUGGUGCUGCUUGUGAUCCCAGCACAGGCCAUUGCAUCUGCCCACUUGGUUACCAAGGUGAUGGCUGUGAAGAAGCUUGUCAUGCUGGUUACUUUGGGGAAAGAUGUCAGAAAACUUGCGACUGUGAAGGCAUCAGUUCAUGCAAUCCUGUAACAGGGAGGUGCUUCUGCUCACCGGGUAGAACAGGAGAUCGAUGUGAAACAGAAUGUCGAAUGAACAGAUAUGGACCUAACUGCUCCUUGAUCUGCCACUGUGCAAACAAAGCUUACUGUAACCCUGUUAAUGGAAGUUGUGCAUGUCCAUUCCAAUGGAUGGGGCCAACAUGUGAUGAAGGUGGUCCAGCGCAGCCAGCGACCUCCUAUCGGAGUGUGCAGUCACAACGGCAUCAUCUGCAGCGAGGGGUUCCUCGCUCAUAGCUUGCUCCGGGAUUUUAUCUUUCGUAGAGCUUGGAUUUGUUUACAUCUGAAGAUUGACACAAAGCAUCAGGAAAUGUUAUGAACUAUGGAGUAACAGACCUGAAUUUAUCUGCACGUCCGUUUCAAUUGCCUGAAUGGAAAAUCCAAGGGCGCAUGUUUUAUUUCACAGAUUAUUUGAUAUCCCGCAGCCAUUUUGAUGUUUUGAUUCUAAUCGGGAACAGUUUAAGUUUCAGCAGGGAAUUCUGUGGGGAGAGGCAUGUGAAGAGUUGGUCGGCCUCUGGUGCUUUCAAAUAUUUCUGUAAAUAAGUUUACUAGGUCUACACACAAAGCAACAUUGUAGUAAUUAAUCGCGAGGAGUUAUGGAAGUUUAACUUUAUUGGUACACAUAGGUAACAACAUAUUAGAUUAUCUGGAUGAAAUAAUCCUAAAUUAAAAUGCAAAUACUAGUACAUUCUAGAUGCAGUUUUGCUGCCCAAUCCCAUUUUAUGUAGAGUUUCGCCAUUUUAUGAUCAUGGCAGAAUUUUUAAUUAAUCCUGACCUAUUAGGUCAUCUUCAAAUGUUUUAAGAAUUUCACUAAAUAGCUUGCCCUCUGAUAUUCUCAAAACUUGGUGUCUUGCCCGAAUAUGCUAAGUUUGUUAACGAUAAAUGGACAGGCAAAAACUGAGGUUUUAUGUGUUUUCGUUGUAAUUUCAGUUUAUGGGGAGAUAUGCUCAUUUUCAAAAAACAAAAAAGUUUCCUCAAAGAAGAAUACAUGUAAAAUAAUCGACAAUAAGCCAAGUGACAUAUUUGUGAUCUUAAUCAGCCAUCAUCCACAUACAUCUCUUAACAUCCUUUCUAUUUGUCCAACAUAUACUGUGAUCUUAUUGGGUUUUUUCCUCAGUAGUUUUUUCCAAGCCUUGACUUGAUCUGUGCUACAGUAAUCCUGCUUCUGCUCUUUGCUCGAGUAGAUUGAGCAUUGUGUUUCCACCCGAGUCCCUUCAAUGAAUGGAUUUGUUUUUCUACCAUACUAUUACCUCUGUUUUGUUAUUGAAUGCUCUGGGUUCAGAGAGAAAUGGCUUUCCUCACUGUAGCUAGAAAUGCCAUUGAGGUUCAUUCCCCUUUCAUCAGUUCUCUUUUCAUUAUGGGCCUAUCCAAUUAGGCGUCACUUUAGGCGACUACCAGGGACUAAUUUUAAUGGAAUUCGCCUACGACACCUGGCGACAACCUAUGACAACACCUACGUCAUCCCACGACAGCAUAAAUUGUGGCCACUGUCUCCAAAAAAUUUUCAACACGUUGAAAGUUUUGUGGCAGUCGCCUGUAGUCACCCAAAAAAUUGCCUGUGGGACAGUUCGAUAAGUCUCAGCAUGAGCAAUUGUCUCAACUAACAAUUAUCUAGGAAAACAGGAGCAAGCCAAAUAUGUUGCUAUAUCACCUGAUAGCAUAAUUGUUUUUGCCCAUUUAUUUGAUCACUUCUGACAUAGGGGGAAUACCUGAAGGAUACAGAGAUGUAUCCUCACUCAUAACACUGGAGUAAAGAGGAGCUAAACGUUUUGUAGAGUUUCAACAAUGUAUGACACUUUGAGUUGGGGUAAAUCUAUUAAAGGACAUUGCCCAAGGAUGUGUUCAAGAAGGAACUGCAGAUGCUGGAAGAUCGAAGGUACACAAAAUUGCUGGAGAAACUCAGCGGGUGCAGCAACAUCUAUGGAGCGAAGGAAAUAGGCGACGUUUCGGGCCGAAACCCUUCUUCAGACUGAUGAGGGGGAGAAGGAAGGAAAAAGGGAGGAUGAGGAGCCCGAGGGCGGGGGGGAUGGGAGGAGACAGCUCGAGGGUUAAGGAAGGGAAGGAGACAGCAAGGGCUAGCAAAAUUGGGAGAAUUCAACGUUCAUGCCAUCAGGACGCAAGCUACCCAGGCGGAAUAUGAGGCGCUGUUCCUCCAAUUUCCGGUGCUGCUCACUCUGGCAAUGGAGGAGACUCAGGACAGAGAGGUUGGAUUGGGAAUGGGAGGGGGAGUUGAAGUGCUGAGCCACCGGGAGUUCAGGUAGGUUAUUGCGGACUGAGCGGAGGUGAUUGGCGAAACGAUCGCCCAACCUCCGCUCAGUCUCCCCGAUGUAGAUCAGCUGACAUCUAGAGCAGCGGAUGCAGUAGAUGAGGUUGGUGGAGAUACAGGUGUCUCUGGAGAUAUCUUCAUGUGUGACUGCCCAUACAUAAGUCGUGAAUAUAUUCGACUGUCUUGUGGUAAGUUGUCAGACAUUCUUCUUUCACUCCACCAAAGACGAUUAACACAAAAUUUAUUCAUGAGAAUUUUACAAGAGGAGUUAACAAGAUGUUAUAUUUUAUGUAAAGGGGGAAGUAUUACUGGCAGGAACUGAAAUCUGUUCCAUUCGCCUCUGUCUCCUUGUAACAUUAUACUUUUAAUGUCUGAUCGAUGAUUUGCAACCUAAUUCAUUGAAUGAAUUUACUUGCUUCUACUAUCAUCAAAUUAGGAGACAAUGAGAAAUUCUGGUGGAAAACUUAGGAUGUGAAAAUAAUAAUAUGUCAUUGAGAAUUAUAACGUUCAUUGAGUAAUUCAGAAUGGAAACAGGCCUUUAAAUCCAAAUUGUCUAUUCCGACCAAGACACCAAUGUAAGCUAGUCCCACUUGCCCAUGUUUAACCCAUAUCCCUCUCUACCUUUCCUAUCCAUGUACAUGUCCAUUGCUUUUUAAAUGUAACACACUGUAACUCCUUAGAAUGUAUUUUGCAUUUUUGCAUUAUUUCCUGUGUAUUAUUUGAUCGUCAGCAUAUGCCAAUAACCUGCUCAUUAGUCAAAUCAUAAUGAAAAGAAGCAGUUCCACUAUACCUCCAUAAGAUAUCUGGCUGCUUCCAACCCGAGGAAUGACUUGUGCCUUUUCUACUUUUAAAUUGACUCUUCUCCUAAAGCCAACAUUACAAAUAUUCACUGCCCACGUUAGACAAGUGAAUCACAAAAUAGGAGUGUGGGCCAAUUGUUUUUCAGCAGUACUGCCAGGAAUGUAAUAUAAUAGACAAAAUAUUGUUUGUGAUGAUGGAUUAAUAUACAAUGUUCAAUAUGAAUUUAGCAGCUCCAGAGGAAUGUGCCUGUAAACUCACCUUCAUUCAUAUUGUAUCCAGGUGGAUAAGCAGCCAUUCACCCAUAAAAGCAUCAGUAUUGUUAUUCCAAUGCAAUAUUAGAUAGAAUAAUUUGUUUAUGUAUAGAUACUGGGAGAUGUAUCUGCGUGCAAAGGCCAUCAAUGGUGUUAGCCAGUUUCUAACAAAUUAGGAUUGGAGCUAUUCACCGUGGCCAUGAGCUAGUGUGAAGUUCUUUGCUUGUCAGAGUCUCAAUUGGCACAAUGAAAUAUUUCAGAGAAAAUACAAGGCCAGGUGAUGGCUUGUAUGUUGUAUGGAUGUGUAAUUAUGUCAAGUAAACCACAUAUAUGACAGCCUAUUCCAUUUAUCUGAAAUUAAUCAUUGUGAUGGUGUGUUGUAUGUUUCUUUUGUUUUAAUUAAAGCCUUUUCCUGUAAAUAUAUAUUCAGUACUUGAAAUAUUCAGAUGGGAAUCAAUUUACUCAACCUUGAGAUUACCACAAUAAAGAGAGUUGUAAUGUCAGGACUGUCAAUGGAAAUAUCAUCCCCUAGUGGGUGUACAGUGCCUUAGCCUGUUUCUGCCAGUAUUUGAUCCAGCAAUGUUAGAUAUCAAUAUUGAAAAUUAAAUGUGUUUUGAUGAUU